UGACUGCCUUGCUACUGUUGGUACGUUCGAUCCCGUUCCUGAUCCUUACUAUCUGAUAUGCUAACCCCGCAUCUCCGCGGAUCGCAGGUAUUGCUUCUAGCUUGCCGACCUAAAUGUCGUACCUGAUGGGUACCGUACUGUCCGCUAUGGCCGACGUUCUACCGUCCGCAACUCUUCCAUCUCAUGGCCAGGCUGACUAUGGACCAUCGCAAUACGUGCCCCUUCUCCCGCUGUCUCGUCACACCUCCACGCUAUGCAGUACUAUUCAUCUGGGAUUUUCGCGCGCACUAUAUCCUCGCUAUGCUACUCGUCGACGCACCUAUUCCUCGCAACUUGUUAACCUCUGUAAUCAUCGCCCCUCCACUCACCUAACGACUUCUCGCCUCUGCUUGGUCGGAGCGAGUAACGGUAAUCUAACAGAACCCCUGUACCUCGGAAUCCCUCCUCCGCCUCUCCCGACGCUUGCCGUCAUUAUCCAGACCAUGAUCCUGAUCUAUCUCACCAACUAUCCCUUGCGCAGUAGCGGUCUCAGCCUCUGGCCCGACCUCCACGGACCUCGCGACGGUACUUCUCGCUCUGCAUGGCUGAACCAUGCCUUUAUCACCGCCGAGGCUGAGGCGCGUGGUGCUGCUUUUGAGACUUUGGUUGGGUUGUGCAUGAGGAUUGUGGGACGCCGCCAAGAUAGCGGUCAUCUUUUCUGGACAUACUCUGCAUGGACGAUUGGUGAUCGCUGUAGCCACGUAGCCCUGAUCUGAUCGCGUAUCUCGUCGUAGCUGUGCAAUGCAUUAGGUUUUUAGUUA